AUGCUGCUCCUUGUUUGUGUCCCAAAAGUAGCAUCAUUGUCUGCCAGAGAGUGUCAAGACAUUAAUCAAAAAUAGACGAGCAGUACAAGAAAUGAAGGGCAAGCAGAGGACUAUAAAUAUCUUCCUGCAUAUCCAGAAUAGAGAAGCUGUCUGAAAACCUUGUGAUUAGAGUCAAUACACCUGAUCCAGCCACACAGACAGUGUGCACUGCUGUCAUUCCUAUACUGAACGUCUCAGUGGAUACCCUGUGGUUCUGCAGCCCUUCAUCAGGUGAAUGAUGUGAAGUUGUUGUUCAUGAGAUAGAUCAGACAGUACAGAAACCUCUGCUUGUUUCUGACUAGGAAGAAUAAAUCUAUUCUUUUGGGAUCUGCAGAAAUACAGAUGCAAAAGCAGGACGUGGGUAAAUGAGAGAAGAUAAGGUAUUGCUCCUGCAAGCAGAACAUCCUGUCUUCAAAAUGGGAAGAAGAUGCUGACGAUGCCCACGGCGGAGGAGGCGGCCAGCGCCAGCGAGGAGCCGCCCCCCGACGACCCCCCGGUCUGCGUGUCCGACUCCAACCGCAUGUUCACGCUGGAGUCGCUGAAAGCCGUGUGGCACGGGCAGAAGCUGGACUUCUUCAAGUCGGCGCACGUGGGUUCCUUGGCCCCUAACCCCGAGGUGAUCCAGCUGGACGGGCAGAAGAGGCUCCGCAUCCUGGACUUCGCCCGCGGCAAGAGACCCCUCAUCCUCAACUUCGGCAGCUGCACCUGACCCCCGUUCAUGGCCCGCCUGAGGUCCUUCCAGCGCCUGGCCGCGCACUUCGUGGACAUUGCCGACUUCCUGCUGGUGUACAUCGAAGAAGCACACCCGUCCGACGGCUGGGUCAGCUCGGACGCAGCCUACAACAUCCCCAAGCACCAGUGCCUCCAGGACAGGCUGCGGGCAGCUCAGCUGAUGAGGGAAGGGGCGCCCGAUUGCCCCCUGGCCGUGGACACCAUGGACAAUGCUUCCAGCGCCGCCUACGGAGCCUACUUUGAGAGGCUCUACAUCAUCCAGGAGGAGAAGGUGAUGUACCAGGGAGGAAGAGGACCAGAGGGCUACAAGAUCUCCGAGCUGAGGAGCUGGCUAGACCAGUACAAAACCCGGCUCCAGAGCCCCAGCACGGUGGUCAUCCAAGUGUAAAAAGGACCUGGCAAGAAGCGCAGGGGUGGAGAGGCGAGGGAGGGCGGGAGGAGAGGUGGGGAGGGAGAAGGCACUGCGUCGCGGAUGGCAGGAGCUGUCUUCCCGCGGGGACACUCGAAGGAGGCUGCUGUGCGAGCUUUCGAGCAAGACGUGCCAUAGUCCUUUCUCUAUUCAAAUCAUGUUGAUUUGCCAGCCACGCUCUGUCAAUACUGUAUUUCCAUGUGCGUUUUGUAAAUAAGUCUCGUUCUUUCUUUUUUUUUUUUUUUUUUUUUUUUUUUUUUUUUUUUUUUUGAGAAGCGUUUACUAUUUUUUAAGGAGGCUCUCGUCCUACGGGAUCUGUUCCCAGCUGCGUGUGUGCGCGGGUGUGUGUCUGAAAAGUUGUGUACAAGUGCUCCGUGCUGCCUAGCAAGUGCUAACUGGGAUUUCUAGUAUUUCUUUGUGAUGACCGAUUUUGAAAUGGGUUUCUCUAAUGCCAGGAAAUCGCGUCUGAUGUUGUCAAAUACUAGAACUGCCAAUAGCCAGAGCUGGACGGAAUGUCCUAUUUAUGUGGGGGGGUUUUGUAAGACGGUCGUUCACCUUCCUUUUUUUUAUGAAUUUUUUUAAAUAAUAAAGGUUGAGUAAUAACACA